AUGAAGAAGCCCACACCGAAGGACGCCUGGGGCGACGAUGAGCCGGAGGAGCCAGAGCCUGCCUCUCCCCCAGCAGCAGCAGCAGCAGCAGCAGCAGCAGGAACCCGAGGAGCAGCAGCAACCCCAGCAGCAGCAGCAGCAGCAGCAGCAGCAGCAGCAGCAGGCAAUGUGUACUCUAUAGGUUUCCUCGCUAAGAUACGAGCUCACCCCAGCUGCAGGCCGAAGGAGACUGAGGGCUUCUUGCAUCUAGCUGAGGGUAGUUUCUAUCUACCCCAGGCAGCAGCAGCACCGCAGCAGCAGCAGCAGCAGCAGCAGCAGCAGCAGCAGCAAACUCGCAUGCGGCAGCAGCAAACAACCAAUGAACACCAAGACUGGCAGAGAAGACCCAGAGAUGCUGCACAUGAAGAAGCAAUGAGAAGCUUUGCUGCAGCACGCAUGUCUGUGCCUGGCGCAUCAGCAGCAGCAGCAGGAGCAGCAGGAGCAGCAGCAGCUCGUGCUUCUGCUGCUGCUCUUGGUGGUUUUUUCUCACAAGAAAGGCCCCCUGACUUCUCCUCUCUCCGAAACGAAAAACCUAAAAACUUCACUCCUCUGCCGCAGCCAUCCAAAGAUUCCUGGGUUGUUAUACAAGAAAAACAAAAAGAGUAA